AUGGUCAUUGUUGUGUUUGUUUCUGCAGUGUAUUAUACUAUUACUGAUCUUGGUCAUUGUCAUGUUUGUUUCUACAGUGUACUUGUGCUGUUGCUGAUACUGGUCACUGCCGUGCUGGGUUCUGUCCGGGAAUCACCACAGCAGAUCGUUAACAAGUAUAACAACUACAGGACCAUAUGCGAUGGACUUGGAUAUCAGAACGACGGAAAAGGAACAAUUGCUUUUCAAUCGUCAUUACGCAGUCACUUGGUGAACAUGGGAAAUCAACAAACAGUAAUAUUUGACAAGGUGACCUUAAAUAAAGGAAAGGGUUAUAAUAAAAAGACAGGUAUUUUUACCGCCCCUGACGAAGGUGUGUAUACGUUCAGUUGGACGAUCUUGUCGAUGGCCAAUACCUAUUUUAUCAGUGAGAUUGUGCACGAUGGUAAGCCAGUUGGUAAAAACUAUACAGAUGGAAGAGGUCGAAAUGGUUAUGUUAUGUCAUCAACAAACACCAACAUCAAAAUGAAGAAAGGAGAUAAAGCAUGGAUAAGAACAUAUUUUACCCACGGCAAAUUUGCUCAUGGUGAAGACUGGAGUAUUUUUUCUGGAAAUAAAAUAUAG